UGUCGUCGAGCUCAUCCGAGUAUCAGACAGCUAAUGAAGGCUGCUAAAAAAAAAAAAAAAAAAAAAAAAAAAAAAAGCCAACAGAGCAAUGUCUCUUAGAAAUUUCAUUUCUAUCGAUCGACUCUAUUUUAUUUUAUUUUUUUGGGGGGGGGAGGAAAUGGACACUCUCGAAUGGGUUGUCUAUUUUUUCCUCGAUUUCUUGUUGGUUACUCUCGUCCAUUUCCUACAAUCCAUCAGAAUAUCUUUCUUUUCUGCCUGCAGGUAUGUAAUACGAGAUGGUAUUUUAACAUUUAUAAUAUGCCAGUUUUUUAUUUAUUUUCAGGGACCUCUUUUUAUUUUAUUUUUUUUGUUCCGUCGUCCUAUUUCUUCAAACUUACUUUUUUUUUCUUUUCGCAUGCAUUGUAUUUUACAAGCAUGUAUUUUAUACAUGUCAUGUCAUAUUGUAUAUUAUAAAUACAAUACAAUACGAUACGAUACUAUUCAUGCUUGUAUCCAAUGCAGUCUUUUUUUUUGCCCAAAAGUGUGGCAUUAAAGAAGAGAAAGGAGGAACUAGAACGUUUGAUGAACACAUUCAUCGGAAUCGGACUACAAACAGAGCGCUAUUUUAUUUACAUUCCGCAGAAAUGAUAAUGUAUAAUAUAUUAUAACUCUAUAAUAUGAAUAUUAACAUCAAACUAUUACU